AUUUUAAAUGGGCAAUAAACCACCUCCUCCUCCUCAACCACCAAAGACUGUUAAAGGUAUCAAUUUUCGUUCUAUUUAUUAGAAAUGGUCAAAGAAUUCUCAAGAACAAUUAGAAAAUUGUAAAGGGAUUUUAAUAGAGAGAUUAUGAGAAUGGAAAUGUAAAGCAAGAAGCUUAAGACCGAUUUGGAGAAAUCAGUUAAAGCAAAAGAACCUAAGGUAGUCGAUUAUAAUUAUCAAUUAGGCUACUCAAAGAAUGUUAGCAGCGGCUAUAUUACGAAAUUAGCAAUAUGUUCAAAAAUAUCAGAGACUAGACGCCUAAAUGAAUGAUGUCAUGUUCCAGUAUUUAUUAAGCAUUAAAUAUUUAUAAAGAUUAAACUCAGCAGCAACCACAGAAACAUUAGUAUAAGUGAUGUCAGGAAUGUCAAAGAUGAUGAAGUAGGCAAAUUCAGCUAUAGAUGUCAAGAAUGUUUAAUAGGCUAUCGAGAUAUUUUCGAUAGAGAGCGAAAAGCAGAAUUUCUUACAAGGUAUUAAUUAUAUCAAUUUAAUUCUAUAGAGUAAAUUGGCGAAAUCAUGAAUGAAGAUCAGGAUGAGUAUAAUGAUGAAAAUGCCGAUAAGUACAUAUAAGAAGUGGAAGCUAAAAUUGCUGGAGCUGGCAAUGGCGGCGGAGGACUCAAAUAGAAUAACCUCAUAUAACCUAUGCAGCAACAACAAUAGUAAUAAUAAGUAAACCCUCAAGAGAAUCUGGACGAUUUAGAUGCCAAACUAAAAGCAUUGUGAGAU